AGCGUGUGCUCUCCCUCAGUCGUGGGAUUGUGGUAGAACAGUGAGGGUGUAGCCCAAACCGCUGAGUGCUUUAGAGAUUUGAUCGCUGUCUGGCUCCGGAGGAGCUUCCUAAGGGCAGCAGUCAUGCGCCUGAUAGGGGCCACUGUCCUUUUCUCUGUCCUGCUGCAGGCUAUGUCUGCCCCGACAGAGGACUGGCAGACGGCCACGUCUAUUUAUGACUUCUCGGCGACAGACAUUGAUGGCAAUGUGGUUUCCCUGGAGAAGUACAGGGGAAACGUUGUCGUCAUCACCAACGUUGCCUCUAAAUGAGGCAAAACCCCAGUGAACUACUCUCAGUUUGCGCAGAUGUACGCCACGUAUGCUGAGAGAGGUUUACGCAUCCUUGCCUUCCCUUCCAACCAGUUUGGGAACCAGGAGCCUGGCAGUGAAUCUCAGAUCAAAAAGUUUGCCCAGUCUUACGACGCUCAGUUUGACAUGUUCAGUAAGAUCGACGUGAACGGGGCCGGCGCUCACCCUCUGUGGAAGUGGCUGAAGGACCAGCCCAACGGGAGAGGCUUCCUGGGAAAUAGUAUCAAGUGGAAUUUCACCAAGUUUCUGAUCAAUAGAGAGGGGCAGGUGAUGAAGAGAUAUGGACCCAUGGAUGAUCCAAGUGUGGUGGAGAGGGAUCUUCCCCAAUACCUUUAAAACCCCUAAACCUCACUCACUCAUACUCCAUAUAUUUUGUCUUCCCAUCCCCCUUCCCCCUCCGUUCUCUGCCUCUCCAAGCAUCAGUGAAUAUAGUCUGGAUCCACCCCAAACCAGUGACGGUCUGUCCACAAACCCGCAUGGCGGACAGGGCAGACCUGAUGAAAAUGGCGUACAAACCUAAACUGGGAGAAUUUCCAAACUCAUAGUCAUUAGUUUCUCUGGAGAGAAGGAGAAGGGAUCCCCUAAUCAAUCCGUCAUAUGUGAAGUAGAGUAAUGCCUGACACUGUCUUCCUAAUAAACCUGAAAAAGAUUGUGCUCAAAUUA